UCCUGGAGUGAAACCCUGCGGCCGACAUGCGCACACGUGGCUAACAGAGCUCAGCGAAACAGGAACUUAAAUAACUCGAUGACCAGAACCGCGAUGAAGGGGAACGAGAAGCAGCGCGAGGCGAAAGUCUUAAAAAAGAAGAACGUGGCGGCGAGCAGCAGCGACGACGACGACGACUCGGACGUGGAGAGGAACUUCGCUCUGCUCACGGAAAGAGGAAGAGGAGGAGGAGCUGAGGAGGGACAGUUGCACCAUGGAGGAGAGGAAGAUUUCAGCGAUGAGGACGAAGAGGGGUCCGAUGGCGGUCCUGAGGAGGAGGAGGAGGGAGGCGAGGAAGCGCCCGAUGGCCGUGAAGAAGAGGAGGAGGAAGACAGCGACGCCUCCGAGGAUGACGAGGAUGAAGAUCCAGAGGCCGCCGGCGGCAGCGGUGAGAUGCAGACGACGGACGGCGUGAAGAACGAACUUUCCAACAUGUCCUUCGAGGACGUCAUGAAGCUGCAGAACAAAGUGGGAACCAAAGUGUACAACGAGGUGGCGUACGGCGGCAGCAGGAGCCACGCGGCCGGCCAAAAGAAACGGCUGAACAAGAACAGGCCGAUGGAGAUUUCAGCCAAGAGACGGGCUCCGUUCCUCCGUCACGUCGUCUCCGUCAAGAAACCGACGUCGAGAGAUCCUCGAUUCGACGACCUGUCUGGAGAAUACAAACCGGAGAUCUUCGAGAAGACGUACAACUUCAUCAAUGACAUCAAACAGAGAGAGAGAGAGAUCGUCCAGAAGAAGCUGAAGAAGACGAAGACGAACACGCCGCAUAAAGAGGAACUCAAGUUCCUGCUGAAGAAGAUGGACAACCAGGAGCGAGCGAGGAAGAGUCGAGAGGAGCAGCGAGAGAGAGAGCUGCAGUUCAAGAGGGCGCGGAGAGAGCGAGCCAAUCAGGGCGCACGGCCGUUCUUCCUCAAGGACUCUGACAAGAAGAAGCUCGAGCUGGCCGAGAAAUACCAGGAUCUCAAGAAGAGCGGAAAACUGGAGAACUUCCUGAGCAAGAAGAGGAAGAGGAACGCAGGAAAGGACCGCAGGAAGCUGCCCCGAGAGCUGCAGAACAAGCGCUUUCAGUAGAAGAAGAAGAAGAAGCUGGACGGAAAUAUGAAAGACUGUAAUGACGCGUCUCCGCCUGCUGGGGGAGCUGUGGUCUGUGUUUCACGAUGUUGGAUGAAGGACUGAUGGCUAUUUCACUGUCAAAUGAUCUUUUAUCGUAAAAAAAUAUAUCUGGUGCGUUCAACGACGCUCGGACAUCGGAGCAUUCACAUGUUCAAAACGUGGAGCCGGGUGUUGUGUGCUCAGUUGUUAUUGCGCAACAGUAACGCGCCGCGGUUGUUUUUGCAAAACGAAUCCUGGAAUCGGUCGUUUGGAGGGUCCAUGAACGCACCAUCAAUGGGAGGUUUUUUUGGGGGGUCUCUGCUGUGAACACGUAGACGUUAUGUCGAGUUGUUCAGCUCAGAAACUCUGAUUCACGUUUAACUCUCACCUUUAUUUUAAUUUUUAAAUAAAACUAUAUUUGUUUGUUUCAA